AUGUCUCCAACGGACCGCGAGGCGACAGAGGCGGCGCCGCUCCUUGGCCGCCGGCCCCAGCACCAGCAGCGGCCUCCCGGGCCGCCGUCACCCCUUGCCUUGGCCUGUGACCAGCAGCACCCGCCCGGGCCCUCGUCCGCAUCGUCGACGCCCUCGUCCUUGUCCUCGUCCUCGUCCUCGUCCUUCAGCUCGUCGCUGUCAUCGCCGUCCCCCCGCCAUGCGCCGCCCUCCCGUGCCCCUGGCGUCGCUCGCAUGGACGCCAUGUCGUCGCAGCUGACGACGCGCGAUCGCGUCUGGCUCUUUUUCGGCAUCUUCCUCGUCGGCUACGCCUACGGUCUCGAGAGCCAAGUCCGCUCCACCUACCAGCCCUACGCCACCUCGAGCUUCUCGCUUCACUCAUACCUCUCCACCAUCAACCUCCUCCGCAGCGUCAUUGCCAUCGCCGUCCAGCCGACAGCCGCCAAGAUCGCAGACGUCUUCGGCCGCUUCGAGGUCGUCGCCGUCUCCACCCUCUGCUACGUCGUCGGCAUGGCCAUCGAGUCCACCGCCUCUUCCGUCUACGCCUUUUGCGCCGGCGCCGCCGUCUACCAGAUCGGCUACACCUCCAUCGUCCUCCUCCUCGAGGUCCUCGUUGCCGACUUCUCGUCGAUGCGCGCCCGCGUCUUCUUCAGCUACGUCCCUGCCCUGCCCUUUGUCAUCAACACCUGGGUCAGUGGCACCAUCACCAAGGCGGUCCUGUCCGUCACCACCUGGCGCUGGGGCAUCGGCAUGUGGUGCAUCAUCUACCCCGUCGCCUCCCUGCCUCUCCUGAUCGCCCUCUACACCCUCGACGGCCGCCGCGAGCGCGUGCUCGAUGGCGGUGUCCCCAAGGGCUUCCGCGACACGGCCCACUUCCUCGGCCUCGCCGAGUCCAGGGGCAACCUCUUCCGCCAACUCGACGUCGUCGGCCUCGUCGGCCUCGUCGGCGCCUUGGCCCUUAUCCUUGCGCCCCUGACCAUCGUCGGCGGCACCGCUGCCCACUGGCGCGAUCCCCGCAUCGUCGCCCCCCUCGUUGCCGGCCUCGCCAUCGUGCCCCUCUUCGUGCUGUGGGAGAGACGGGGUGCGGCGACUCCCCUCGUACCCUUUGGCCUGCUGAGCGACCGCGGCGUGUGGUCAGCUCUGGCCGUGAGGAGCUUUCUCAACUUUGCCUGGGCUGUUCAAGGGACCUACCUCUAUACGGUCCUCGUCGUGGCCUUUGACUUCUCUAUCGAGUCGGCCACUCGGACUCUCUCGCUCUUCUCCUUCUUCGGCGUCGUCAGCGGCGUCGUCAUCGGCAUGGUCGUUUAUCGGCUGCGACGCCUCAAGUUCAUCAUCGUCUUGGGAACAUGCCUCUUCAUGGGCGGCUUUGCCGUCCUCUGCAACUUUCCUGGCGGCGCCUCCCUGCACUCCAAGGCAGGCAUCAUCGGCGGGCAGGUGCUUCUGGGCCUGGCCAGUGGCUUUUUCGCCUAUCCGACCCAGGCCUCGAUCCAAGCAUCGGCCACUCGCGAUCACGUCGCCAUCCUCACCGGGCUGUACUUGUCCUUUUACAACGUCGGCAGCGCGUUCGGCACCUGUCUGGCCGGCGCAAUCUGGACACAAACGCUGCUGCCCGCCCUGCACUCCAACCUCGCUUUCCAGCCCAAUGCCACGCUGGCCAGGGCAAUCUACGAUUCACCCUUCCCGGUCCUCGAGCGCUACCCCGUCGGCACCGAGAUUCGGGAGGCCGUCAUCGCCAGCUACCGACACGUCCAAUGGCUGCUCUGCCUCGCCGGUCUGGUCUUGUGCGUACCCAUGAUUGGUUUCGCAUUGGCUCUGAGGAACCCCAAGCUCUCGAAGCGACAGGUCCAGCAGGAGGCGCUGAUGGCGGCCGAUGAGGCAGCGAUAUAA